AUGGCGACUUUGAAAAAAAAAAGGACUACAGGCACAGAGAGAGAGAGAGAGAGAGAGAGAGAGAGAGAGAGAGAGAGAGAGAGAGAGAGAGAGAGAGAGAGAGAGAGAGAGAGAGAGAGAGAGAGAGAGAGAGAGAGAGAGAGAGAGAGAGAGAGAGAGAGAGAGAGAGAGAGAGAGAGAGAGAGAGAGAGAGAGAGAGAGAGAGAGAGAGAGAGAGAGAAAACGAGACAAGAGAGAGAGAACGAGAGAGAACGAACGAGAGAUAGAGAGAGAAAGGGUUCAUUAAAUUACGAUUUUAACGAUUUGGAAAAAAAAACAUGUGUAAAAAACAAGAUCUAA